ACUUCUUAAACUGACAAGCCUGACGUAGUCAUAUUGCGGCCAGACCCAGAAUGGUGUGCCGUGGGUUCACCGUAAUCACCUGCCGAUAAUGCACGCACGACAAGUUCGUAAGAUAGUUGCCUUCUCACACGCCCGCACCACUUAACAAAUCAGUUAUCGGUUGCGACGCACUUGUCUUCCGCCGAAACCAGAGAGCCAUGGGGAGCGUCUUGUCCAGAGCAAAGUUGAUCAUAGGGGCAGUCUACAUGGUCAACCAGAUCCUUGACAAGAUAUCCAAACGCAUCAAGGAAUCGCCUGGAUUGCCUGCAGUGAACCCCAGUUUGCCCUUCUGGACGAUACCAAAGUCCCCGAUAUCGUCCAUUCAACAGCCGUUACCCGACUAUGUCGAUAUUGUGGUCAUUGGGUCCGGUAUCACCGGUGCCUCGUUCGUGUACAAUGCGCUCUCGGGAGACGAUUCAAUACGGGUGCUGAUGCUCGAGGCGCGCGAAGUUUGUUCUGGUGCAACUGGAAGGAAUGGUGGCCACAUCAAUCCUCCGCUGUGGAAUGACUGGAAGAACCUCAAAGCGCGGUACGGAGAGAAGGAUGCGCGAAAACUUAAUAGCUUCCGACUGGCCCACGUCCGAGAGCUGCAAGCUAUCGCCUCUCGGGAGGAUAUCUUGAAAGAAUCGCAGGUCCGGGUGACAGAGCACUUGGAAGUGUUCUUCACGCAGGACGACUUCACGGAGGAGCGUGAAGCUUUGGAAGAGUGGAAAGAGGACGGGCCUGAGGUGGCGCAAGAGUAUGUCGCAUAUGCUGGCACAGAGGCACAGGAAAAGUUCAGCCUUUCGAAAAGAGCAGCAGGAUGCAUUUUGGGUCCAGGCGGUGCCAUACACCCUUAUCGCUUCGUCACACACCUCCUGGUCAAGCUCCUAGAUCGGCACUCCGAGAGGUUCUUUAUCGCGGCCCACACGCCCUGCACAAACAUCAAAGCCCUCACCGCUUCCAUCCCGUACUACACUGUCUGCACGCCGCGCGGCAACGUACUGACUGCGCACGUUGUGCACGCGACAAACGGCUGGGUCUCGCAUCUCGUCGCACCGAUGCGCGAGAAGAUCGUGCCCAUCCGGGGGACGAUGAGCGCGCAGCGACCGGGGACGGCCCUCGGGCGCGCGACGCUGAACGGGCAGCGCUCAUAUGUGUUCCACCCGGGCGGACUCGGCUACGACUACCUCACGCAGCUCCCUGUGGGCGAGCAUGAGCUCAUGUUCGGCGGCGGCUGGGCGUCCGCAUUCGACAGCGCUCUCGCGGACCUCGGCGCGAACGACGACAGCGCGUUCAGCGUCGCCGUCGCGAGCCACCUCGCCGGCGCGCUCCCUCUCUACUUUGGCGAGCGCACGUGGGGCCGCGAGAAGGAGCCCGAACAGUCAAAGGACGACGGCGGCGUACAGUGGGGCGAGGGGCGCACGAAGGCGGAGUGGGGCGGCAUCUUGGGCAUCUCGGCCGAUGGGCUGCCUUGGGUCGGACGCCUACCGCAGAAAGUCUCCGGUAGGCCCGAGCCGCCUGCGUCAUCUACCCCACGCAUGUUGGCGAAAGAGGCCCGCUCGUGCGGUGAAAUGACGGCAGCGCCCGGUGAAUGGAUAUCGGCGGGAUACACCGGCGAGGGUAUGGUCCACGCCUGGUUGAGCGGCAAGGCCCUCGCCAGCAUGGUCUUGAACCGGGAAGACGAACUACGAGAAUGGUUUCCGGAGAUGUUACGCAUAACGGAGAAGCGGUGGAAGCAGGCAAGCUUGGAGGACUAUCUCGCCAAGCGGCUUGGCUCGGGUUGAUUGUACGUCUCGCCGUACUCGCGCCAUCUGUACUCAACAUGCACGUCCUUCGCCGUCGACUUUGCAGAGAAUGAAAUGAAAUUGUGGCCAUAAUCAAUGUGUUUCAUGGCCUGCGUAUCUCU